CUGACAAAAUAAAUAAAGUGUAAAAAAGCUCCAGUUAUUCCAAAAGAGUGAGGCACAGUACAUCAACACAACACAGACAGUUCUCUCUCUCUUAUAUAUAUAUAUAUAUAUAGCAAAAAGUGUUCGGCUAGGCCAUGAAGACGAUCGUUCUUACUCUAGUGAUGGUGAUGAUGCUUGGACUCAGUAUCAAAGCUGCAGAAUUUAAUGAAGCAGAAAUGGAUGAAGUGCUGGCAUACCUACAAGCCAAUCAGGUGGACAUGUCGGAAAUGGACGAGGGUGAAGUGGUACAAGAAAAUGAAGAAGUGGAAAAGCAGGGAGCUGGAAUUAAGAUUCUCUAUGCCUAUUACGGCCUCGCCUGCACAAAAGGUGUGCUACGAAAGAGUGUUGAAGUCAGAAGCACUGCAUACGCCAAGAGCAAAUGCGAGGGAAAGCAGUCUUGCAGAGGAAUGGUAUCUAAUCGAUAUCUCUCUGACCCUUAUGGAGGCUGUCAUAAGAAUUUCAUCGUUGUUGCUAGUUGUAAAAAUGGGAAGGAAAUUAUUUCCAGUUAUGUUACCAAAGAAGGGAAAUACUUCAGCCUGAAGUGUAGUGGCUGCUCAAAGAAGUAGCCUGAAGACAGAUGUGUAUAGUGGCUGCUAACUGUAGUGAUAUAGCUAUUAUAAUAAUUAUACUGAAUUUUUAUAGCCUGAGUUUUUAUACAUGAAUACUUAUCGUUGAUUAAAAUUAUAUGAUUUAAA